AUGAGGGUAAUUGUGAUCUUUGCACUCGUCGGCUUGGCUUUGGCUGCAGUCCACGAGCACAAACUUUCAUGGCGUCCGUCGAAGAAGAUCGAAAUGAUCCGUCGCGGAGAAUACGCAGCCUAUCUGGAGUAUAAAAACAAGCUGCGAGCAGCUCAUCCCGAGCUUGCCAGUCUUUCUGAAAACGUUGGUGGAUAAUCUACGCUCAUUUCUUUUCUUUUUUCUCGUUAACAGGUCAAUGAUUUCGGCGAUUUCGAGUAUCUCGGAAAUAUUACACUCGGAACGCCAGACCAAAACUUCAUUGUUGUUCUUGAUACUGGGUCUGCUAACCUGUGGGUGCCAGCUACUAACUGCAACGGGUAAUUCAAUUUUUUGGAAAGUCUGGAUUCAUCAAUUUAUUCAAGAAAACCUUGCAAAAACAAGCACAAGUUUGAUUCUACCAAAUCGUCGACGUUCAAGAAAAAUGGACGUGACUGGAGCAUCCAGUACGGAAGUGGUGACGCCGGCGGCAUUCUUGGCGAGGACCUUCUCAAAGUUGAUCAAUUUGGACUUGUGAAAAUAAUAAAAAAUGUUUCAGUUUGGUCAAACGGGCCAACAGCAGCUCGCUGUACCGAAAACGACCUUCGGCCUUGCUACCCACAUCUCCAGCGACUUUACCCAAGACGCUACCGACGGAAUCCUCGGUCUGGCCUUCACCUCCUUGGCAGUUGACGGUGUCGUUCCUCCUCUCAUCAACGCCAUCAACCAAGGCCUUCUCGACCAGCCUCUCUUCACUGUCUGGCUUGAGCACAGAGGCUCCCUCAACAACGUCGGCGGCGGUGUCUUCACUUAUGGAGCCGUCGACACCACCAACUGCGGUCCUCUCAUCGCUUAUCAGAAACUAUCAUCUGCAACUUAUUUCCAAUUCAAAGUGAGGUAUAGUCGGUACCUUCCGACCUAAAAAAAGGCCUUAGCGCCAAAUCUAUGAUUCCUAGUAAAAGUCAAGGAUUUGAAAAAAGUUAGUAGCGACAAAGAAGAGCUUGCGAGCGAGUCGCCAUUUGAGAGAAAAAAUCAGUUAGGAAUGCUUCGGAAAAAUUAUUUAUAUUUUUCGGAGCCGAGAUGAAUACAACUACCAAAUUCGUUAUUCAAGUGUUUUUUUCAAGUGGUUCACUUUCAAAAAAAUGCUUUUAAUAAACAUCAGACGAAUAUUCUUCCUGAUUUUUAAAAUGAUCCAAAACAUCGAGUACGAAAAUCGUACAAAAAGCCAUAGAUAUUCGUAUUCAAUAUGUUUUUAUUUCACAAUUUUUCCUACAGUUUUUCUAUAAUUUUUCCUAUUUGAUCAGAAGGACUAUGAACUUUUAGGCAAGCCACUUCACUCUCGGGAGUUACCAAAACACGAAGAGCUACGAAGUCAUCUCUGACACUGGAACAUCGUUCCUUGGAGGCCCCGAAAAUGUGAUAUCCGGACUUGCAAAAGCUGCCGGCGCCAAAGUUGUCUUCUAACACUGUCUCUGUUUUAAUUUUUCAAUUUUAGUGGCACGCUUCGGAGGAGGUCUACUAUAUUCCAUGCAACGCGAAUCCUGGACCGCUCAACAUCACCAUCGGAUCCAACCUCUACAGCAUCCAGCCUGUUAACUACAUCGUUGAUGUGAGUCCAUCCUUUCUGGAUGAUACAAAUAAACUCCCUUCCUGCAGACCGGCAACAAUCAAUGUCUCUUCGGAGCUUUCCCCUUCGACUUCGGAGGCUUUGGACCAUCGUGGAUCCUCGGAGAUCCAUUCAUCCGCCAGUACUGCAACAUUUACGACCUCGGAAACAAGCAGAUCGGAUUCGCUCCAUCGCUCCAGAAAUAG